UAUAAGGAUUAUUUCCCUUUUCUUUGAGUAAGAAACGAGGAAAGCUAAGUGAGAGAAAACGAAAGAAGAAGAAGAAAGACGUUAGGGUUCUUGUUCUUGAUGUAUUAUCCUGAGAUUUGAGCAAAGAGAAGAUGUUUUGUACUGUAGCUAAGAUAUCAUAAUCUUUCUUAAGCUUCCUCACCGCUCAGAUUAUCAUUUCAAGGUUCUGCUGUCUCUGAAGCAAUUUGGCAUCUCAGUAGUUUUGGUGUGUUCGUUAUAGUCAAGUAUGCAAGAUUCUUUUUGCAAGUAGAAUAAUUUGUUGUUGUGAUGGAUAGAAACAGGCCACAGCAUCCGUUUCAACAACACCCUAUGGAACCUGGUUAUGUGAAUGACUCUGUCCCUCAACCUCAAGCAUUUACGCCUGAUCAGACAGGCGGCAUGACUGCAAAUGCCCGGCCUACCAAUAGUUCAGAUGUUAAGCCAGGGCUUCAUUACUCAAUACAAACAGGAGAGGAGUUCUCUCUUGAGUUUCUGAGAGAUAGAGUGGUUUCUCAGAGAUCUACAAACCCCAAUGCAACUGCUGACAUGGUGGGAAAUGGGGUGAGAGAGUAUGAGAGAACAAACUUUCCUCUUCAUGAGUUUGGUAAUAAACUUGGGCAUAUCCAGUCAGCGCCAGAAGCUUCCUUAUGUCAAGAUACAAGUUUAGGCAAUUUUCAUGGAUUUGCAUCCUCUUCAGCCUCAGGUAGUUUAACAGCAAAGGUUAAAGUCCUUUGUAGCUUUGGUGGGAAAAUACUCCCACGUCCAGGGGAUUCAAAGCUUAGAUACGUUGGAGGUGAAACGCACAUUAUAUCCAUAAGAAGAGACAUAUCUUGGCAGGAGCUCAGGGCAAAAGUUCUUGAAAUCUACUACCGGACUCAUGUUGUCAAGUAUCAGCUUCCUGGUGAAGAUCUUGACGCCUUGGUGUCUGUAACGUGUGAUGAAGAUCUGCAGAACAUGAUGGAGGAGUAUAAUGAGAUGGAGAACCGUGGCGGUUCGCAGAAGCUUAGAAUGUUUCUGUUCUCUGUCAGUGAUUUGGAUGGUUCUCUUUUGGGGGUUAAGCAAAAUGAUGUUGACUCUGAGUUUCAGUAUGUUGUAGCUGUUAAUGAUAUGGACAUUGGAUCAAGAAGCAACUCGACUCUUAAUGGAUUUGACAGCUUCUCUGGAAACAAUUUAGCUGAGCUGGAUGUUAGGAGCCCCGAGGGAAUCAACGGUGUUGCCCCUUCGCAGUUACAAUCCUCUAUGCAGUAUUCUGACGCUGCGCCACAAGGCUCUUUGCUACAGUAUCCUCAAUCAAUCCCACACAAUGGUGCAUUUCAGUUUCAGCAAGCUGUUCCGCCGAGUUCUACACUUCAGUAUGCUCAGUCCAUUCCGCCGAGUCCCUCUCUUCAGUAUGCUCAGUCUAUUCCACCAGGCUCCACUCUCCAGUAUCCACCAUCAGUUUCCCCUAGCUCAUAUGGAAUGUACCCACAAUAUUAUGAAGAAAGACAACAGUUUCCAAUGCAUCAUGAACACAGUUCCAAUUACUCUAUCCCUAUACCUUACCAAGGACAGCCAUACGCUCAUCCUAGUGUCAUACAGCAAAACGCAGCAGCAGUGCAGGGAAGAGAGCUGAACAUAAAACCUGAGAUGAAAGUUCGUGAAAAUAUAGAGCCUGAACUACGCCAGAAUCCUCCUCAAGCUGAUAAUGUCGAGGUUCCGGAGCCAUCAGUUUCUCCAACUGUUCCUAGCCAGGAUGCUUCUAACCAUAUGUUGCCCCCAAGAAGAGACCCACGACAGAACACUCCUGUGAAGCCUUCUACUUACCGUGAUGCUGUUGUUCGUGAGCAGGUUCCUGUAUCUAGUGAAGAUGAUCAGCUUUCUACAUCAAGUGGUCUUGCUCAAACUGACUCUGAGUCAAAUUUAAUCGAUCUUGAUUACUCGGAACCUUUACCACCACCCACACGGAGAGUAUACCGUUCUGAGAGGAUACCUCGUGAGCAGUUAGAAAUGCUAAACCGCCUGUCAAAGUCUGAUGACUCUAUAGGCUCUCAGUUCUUAAUGUCUCAUACACAAGCUAACACUGGGCAGCAAGAUCCUGCAAAACAAGGAGAGGGUAAAGCACAUGAAGAUUCCCAUAUUGUUAAUGAAAAGAUCUCUGAAAAAUUUGGGGCAUCAAAUGAGCAAAAGGUUUUAAACCCUGAAGCUGCCAAGAAGAACAAAGUGGUUAAUGGUGGAGGUAUUGAGGCUGAAGCUCCCAGUCAUGUUAUCCCUGAAGAUCAAGCUUGCUCAGGUGUUGUUAUCGACAUCAAUGAUCGGUUUCCUCAGGACUUCCUUUCUGAAAUGUUUGCAAAGGCACUCUCUGAAGACGUGCCACCAGGAGGGGUCAAUGAAUAUCAGCAUGAUGGUGCCGGUGUUAGUUUGAAUGUAGAGAAUCAUGAUCCUAAGAAUUGGUCUUAUUUCCGGAAACUAGCUGAGGAUCAGUUUAGUGAAAGAGAUCUCCCCCCUGGCUUUCCAUCUGACAUGGAAGAUAGCGGAGGCAUUACCAAGUUGCAUCACGUCGCUCGGUUGACCAAAGAUGGCAUUUCAGCAGAGAACCGUGUUGAUCCUCAGCAGAAUUUAGGUCAAGCUUAUGUUGCUGACACUAAGGAGGAUGCACAGAUGAAGGUCACAGAGAGCGAGGAGUUUGGUGCUAUGGUUGAGAAUCUAAGGACGCCAGAGGAUGAAAAGACAGAAACAAGGAAUGCUGGUUCUUCUUUGGCAGAUUACGAUACAGACUUACAGAUCAUUAUGAAUGAUGAUCUGGAGGAGCUAAAGGAACUUGGUUCAGGCACGUUUGGUACAGUGUAUCAUGGGAAAUGGAGAGGUUCAGAUGUUGCCAUCAAGAGGAUAAAGAAGAGUUGCUUUGCUGGUCGAUCAUCUGAACAAGAGAGAUUAACUGGUGAAUUCUGGGGAGAAGCUGGAAUCCUUUCAAAGCUUCAUCAUCCAAAUGUGGUUGCAUUUUAUGGUGUUGUGAAAGAUGGCCCAGGUGGAACGUUGGCUACUGUAACAGAGUACAUGGUUGAUGGUUCUCUAAGACAUGUUCUAAUCAAGAAAGAUAGACACCUUGAUCGUCGUAAGAGACUAAUCAUUGCCAUGGACGCUGCAUUUGGAAUGGAAUAUUUGCACGCCAAGAACAUUGUUCACUUCGAUUUGAAAUGUGACAACUUACUUGUGAACCUCAAAGAUCCUUCUCGCCCAAUCUGCAAGGUUGGUGAUUUCGGCUUGUCGAAAAUUAAAAGAAAUACGUUGGUAUCUGGUGGUGUACGUGGAACCCUUCCAUGGAUGGCACCAGAGCUUUUAAACGGCAGCAGCAGCAAAGUUUCAGAGAAGGUGGAUGUCUUCUCUUUUGGUAUAGUCUUGUGGGAGAUUCUAACCGGAGAGGAACCAUAUGCUAAUAUGCACUAUGGUGCUAUAAUAGGUGGGAUAGUGAACAACACACUGAGGCCGACCAUACCAAGUUACUGUGACUCAGACUGGAGAAUACUAAUGGAGGAAUGUUGGGCGCCUAUUCCAACAGCAAGGCCAUCCUUCACGGAGAUAGCUGGUCGUUUACGUGUGAUGUCAACAGCUGCAACUUCCAACCAAUCCAAACCACCAGCUCACAAUAAGGCUUCAAAGUAAAAAAGUCUCUUACUUCGUUAUAGGUUUUCUCAGACUCUUUCUAAGUGUUUGGGUCAGGAGGGAGAUAUUUGUUGACCCUUUUCUCCUUUCCCUUUUCUUUUACGAAAACCAGAAACAUGUUAAAGUAAUAAAAUUGGUUCGAGGCGUUGUAUCAACAGUCGAAGUUGUUUAAUCUCAUGGUAUUGUUCUUCUUACUAAUGUGGAAAAGAACUUGUGAGUGAUACUUAUGAA